CCAACAACAACAUCACAAGAUGGCCAAGGUCACCCCGGCCGGAGAGAACGCAGAGCCCCAACUGCGCAAUGAAGCUGCCCACGGCGUGUGUUUCUACACGCCAGCUCAAGACCCUUCAGCCGGAACCGCCGCGUCGCCUCAGCCAAGUGGAAAGCCAGUGCCCAAGCUGUUCACUCCGCUCCAAAUACGCGGCAUGACAAUGCAGAACCGCAUCAUGGUCAGCCCCAUGUGCCAGUACAGCGCUCACGAGGGCUUCCACACCAUGUGGCACACCACUCAUCUGGGCGGUAUUAUCCAGCGCGGACCAGGCCUCACCGUAGUCGAAGCAACCGCGGUGCAAGCCAACGGGCGCAUCACACCCGAAGACUCCGGCCUCUGGCUCGACGCGCACAUCGACCGGCUGCGCGAGCACGUCGCUUUCGCCCACAGCCAAGGACAAAAGAUCGCCAUCCAACUCUCCCACGCGGGACGCAAAGCCUCCACCGUCGCGCCCUGGCUAAGCAGAGGCUCCACCGCAACCCGCGAGGCAGGCGGAUGGCCCGACGACGUCGUAGCACCAAGCGCGGUGGCGUACGACGCGCACCACCCUUCGCCGCGGGAGAUGUCCCUGGACGAAAUCGAGCAGGUCAAGGCUGAUUUUGUCGCUGCCGCCCGCAGGGCUGUCAAGGCAGGGUUUGACGCGGUUGAGAUCCACGGUGCGCACGGGUAUUUGCUGCAUCAGUUUGUGAGCCCGGCGUCGAAUCGCCGGACGGAUCGGUACGGUGGGGAGUUUGACAGCCGGGUGCGGUUGGCGUUGGAGGUUACCGAGAUGGUGCGGGAGGCGAUUCCGGAGAGUAUGCCGCUUAUGUAUAGGAUUAGUGCGACGGACUGGUUGGAGGAGGAUGAUGAGGUGGGGCCGGGGUGGACGGUGGAGGAUAGUAUCCGGCUGGUCCCGCUGUUGGCGGAACGGGGGGUUGAUGUGCUCGAUGUGUCGACCGCGGGGAACCAUCCGAGGCAGAAGAUCAAGGGCGGGCCGGCGUACCAGGCCCCCUUUGCCAUGGCCAUCAAGAAGGCGGUGGGGGAUAAGAUGCUUGUUGGCACGGUGGGUGCUAUCACGACGGGCACGUUGGCUGAGGAGCUGGUGAGUGGUGGUCCGGAUCCUGACAAGGCGUUGGACUUUGUGGCGGCCGGCAGGAUGUUUCAGAAAAAUCCUGGACUGGUGUGGGCUUGGGCUGAGGAGCUGCAGACGUCCAUCUACCUGCCUAAGCAGAUCGGCUGGGGCUUUGGCGGGCGGACUAGCAAACCCAGUCACCACUGA